AUGAGGGGAGAAACGCCUACUUUCACCAACCAUAUUAAAGCCGGAUUGAAGCUUGCGCAAGAUGAUCCCAAGGGCAUCGUCAUACUCUCCGGAGGACCUACCAAGAAGCCAAGGACUGAGCUAUCUGAAGGCGAAUCUUACCUCAAUCUAGCCAAAGACAACAAUUAUUUCCAAGACAGCCUUGGAACUCCCCUAAUUGACCUAUCGAGAGUCAUCACAGAGACAUACGCUACGGACUCAUAUCAAAACGUCCUCUUUUCCAUCAUACGUUUCCGGGAACACACAGGGGUUUACCCUGAACGAGUCACCGUUGUCACACACGAAUUCAAGCGUGCAAGAUUCAUGCAGUGUCACUUUCCAGCCUUGGGACUUGUGCGCAUUGGCUUUGAGCCAGAAGAAGGAUUUGAUGAGCAGAAAGUCGCAGUGAUUGGAAUCAAUCCACCAGAGGAGGUGACUCCUUUGGAAACAUUGAUUCAAGGCGAGGCAAAGAACGGGAUUGGACUUUGGAGACAAGAUCUUUACGGAGUUAAUGCUGAUCUCAUGGGAAAACGAGUCAAGCGUGGCUGGUCUCCUGGGAUUGAGAACGAAAUGUCCUCCAAUUUAGGCUUAGAAGAUGUUGUGUUGGAUCUGAUCCGAUAUGACGGUGGUAAUCAUUGCAAUCAAUGGUUUCCGAGGAGAGAAAGCUUGCCAUGGUCUUAUGCAGUUGCACCCCUGGUUUGA